AUGUCUAGUGAUUAUGUGUUGAUUGAUUACCCGUAUGAAUGCCCUGUCGGAACAGAUAUUGAAAAAAACAACAAUAAAAAGAAAGUUUUCAGAAUUCGCUCCAGGCUUUUAAACGAAUAUUACAAAACCAAUAAACAUCAAGAAGAAAAAAAACUAUUCUCGAUUUUGAAACUUGCUAUAAUUUUGCUAUUAAUUUUACUAAUUAUUAAUGUUUAUAGGUUCAUUUUUAAAAAAACCCUUUAUCAAUGCCUAUAUUCUUGGCUUUUGACUUGCCCAGAUAAUAGAGAUUAUUGUGUAUUAUGGUGGCAAAAAUAUCCCGUCGUAGAGCGUCUUAUUUGGUCAAUUAUUAAUCAUAUAGAAAACGUUAUAAGCAUUUACUAG